UCGGCGCGUGCCCUUGGCCUCCUCUAGUGCCGAAGCGAGCAGCUGUCACCCAAGAGCCGAGCCAGGGCCCUCCGUCCCUCCCUCCCCCGCGGCGGGGCUCAGACCCGUGGCCCCCUGCCAGCCCUGCACCGUCUAUUUAUAUCGCUGGGCCGGCUCAGGCCCAUAUUGGGCAGUGCAGCCCGUCAGGCCCCUCCCGGUGCGCUGACCCCAGGGAAUCCAGGCGGUCGGGUCGCAGCACCAUCCACCGCGGGGCCCUGCGGAGCAGUGGGCGUAAGUACGGGCGGAGGGCAGGGAUCCAGGCGGGCACAGCCCGCGACCUUGGCGUGACCUUGAGCCUAAGGACCCUGGGGCAGCUGGGGGCUUCUGGCCCAGGUCGUGUCCACCACCCAGCACCCAGCACCCCGCUCCUCUCUGUCGGUGUGUCAGUGUCCUGGCCUUCGCCAUAGCGUCUUCCUCCGAAGCCUCCACUGCCUCGCUCUCUGCCGUCCUCACCAGAUGGCCAGCUUCCGUCUAAGGAGUGUUUCAUGGCAUCUCUGUUGAUUUGUGAGUAACCAGAAAUGCAAAUAGCUCCUCAGGAAUCAAGCUAACCAUAAAGAAGAUCCAGAAACUUUAGAGACUGUGUCAUGGAGCACAAGAUUGAAGGAAAAGAAAAAUACCAACAUAGCUUGAACUUUUUGAAUACAAUUAAGAACAUGAGAGAAUUAACAGAAAUGAUUGACGUAGUGCUCAUAGCUGAGGAGGAAAAAUUCCCUUGUCACAGACUGGUCCUGGCUGCGUUUAGUCCUUAUUUCAAAGCUAUGUUCACCUGUGGACUGCUUGAAUGCACUCAGAGGGAAGUCGUACUCUAUGACAUCACAGCAGAGAGCGUGUUGGUGAUAUUAAAUUACAUGUACAGUGCAGCUCUGGAGAUCAACAAUGAUAACGUGCAGACUGUGGCGAUGGCUGCCUAUUUUAUGCAGAUGGAAGACGUCUUUAGUGUGUGUCAGAAAUACAUGAUGGAUCACAUGGAUGCCUCCAACUGUGUAGGAAUUUAUUAUUUCGCAAAGCAGAUCGGAGCUGAGGAUUUAUCUGAUCAAUCAAAGAAGUAUUUGUAUCAGCAUUUCGCCGAGGUGAGCUUACAUGAAGAAAUACUAGACGUGGAAGUGCACCAAUUUCUGACACUUAUUAAAUCAGAUGAUCUUAACAUAUCCAGAGAGGAGAGCAUUCUAGACUUGGUGCUGAGAUGGGUAAAUCAUAACCAAGAAUUGCGCACAGAGCACCUCGUUGAGCUUUUGAAGCAAGUCAGGUUGGAACUUAUAAAUCCUUCUUUCUUAAGGCAGGCCCUCAAAAGGAAUACAAUGCUGCUGUGUGAUGCAGGCUGCAUUGACAUCAUUCAGAAUGCAUUCAAAGCCAUCAAGACACCCCAGCAGCACUCUCUGAAUCUUCGCUAUGGCAUGGAGACCACCAGUCUUCUGCUUUGCAUUGGCAACAACUCUUCAGGAAUCAGGUCAAGAUACAGAAACUACGGGGAUGCGAGUUUUUGUUAUGAUCCUGCUUCACGGAAGACCUAUUUCAUCUCGUCUCCCAAGUAUGGGGAGGGUUUAGGGACUGUGUGCACUGGCGUCGUCAUGGAAAAUAACACUAUCAUUGUGGCUGGGGAAGCAAGUGCCUCCAGACUCUCUAGACAAAAGAACAAGAAUGUCGAAAUCUAUAGGUAUCAUGAUAGAGGAAACCAAUUCUGGGAAAAGUUAUGCACGACUGAAUUUCGGGAGCUCUAUGCUCUGGGCAGUGUCCAUAAUGACCUCUAUGUUGUAGGAGGACAGAUGAAAAUUAAAAACCAGUACCUUGUUACAAACUGUGUUGAUAAGUACUCUGUAGAACGAGACAACUGGAAAAGGGUGUCUCCUCUUCCACUGCAGUUGGCGUGUCAUGCUGUAGUGACAGUGAAAAAUAAACUUUAUGUGAUCGGAGGCUGGACCCCUCAGAUGGAUCUUCCUGAUGAAGAACCUGAUCGAUUAAGCAACAAACUGUUGCAGUAUGACCCCAGCCAAGAUCAAUGGCGAGAGCGGGCGCCCAUGCAGUACUCUAAGUACCGAUUCAGCACAGCCGUAGUCAACAGUGAAAUUUAUGUUCUGGGUGGAAUUGGCUGUGUAGGGCGAGACAGAGGCCAGGUGCGGAAAUGCCUCGAUGUGGUAGAGAUCUACAACCCGGACGGGGACUUUUGGCGAGAAGGCCCACCUAUGCCAACCCCCCUUCUCUCUCUCCGAACCAAUUCCACCAAUGCUGGGGCAGUGGACGGGAAGCUCUACGUCUGCGGGGGAUUCCACGGAGCAGAUCGCCAUGAGGUUAUCUCCAAAGAAAUCCUGGAGCUGGACCCUUGGGAAAACCAGUGGAAUGUUGUCGCCAUCAAUGUCCUCAUGCACGACAGCUAUGACGUCUGCCUGGUGGCCAGGAUGAACCCCCGAGACCUCAUCCCCCCACCCUCAGACCUGGUGGAGGACGGCAGGGACCACUGAGGCCAGCGCGGCUGCAGGCCCUCAGAGUGGAGCACACCCUCAGCCCCCUCUCACCGUCCCGGGACAUGGCUGCGACCGUGGUGCAUGUGUGUUGCGUGUGUGGCAGCCCUGGCGAGCACUGCGCUGUGCUGGGAGGGAGAACGCAGGGCCCCUCAGACAGGACACUAGGAGGCCGGAGGUAGUAGCACCAGGGGUAGCAUGGAGCGGGCCACAGAGUGCAGGAAUGGAAGGAUCUUGCUCUGCUGGGGACUCAAGAACAGAGGGUGAGACAGGCGUGGUGGCACAUGCCUGUCACCCCAGCACUCAGGAGGCUGAGGCAGGAGGAUCACUGCGAGUUCGAGGUCAG